AUGAUAUCACAGGGGCAGGCUCAUAAGCAUCUUACAUAUCUGACAAUCGAGGAAUGCCCUCAAUUUGAAUCAUUGCCUGAGCACAUGCAUAUCCUUUCAUCUCUUUUUUACCUAUGGAUACACAACUGUCCAAAACUUGAGCUAUUCCCUAAAGGAGGUUUGCCAUCAAGUCUAACUGAGAUGAAUCUCAAUAAUUGCCCAAAACUUGUCACCACACUAAAAGGGGCUUUGGGAGCCAAUUCGUCUCUGAAAACCUUGAGUAUUGGAAAACUGGAUACCAUGUGUUUUCCUGAUCAAGGUUUGCUGCCACACCAUCUUAAUUCUCUACAAAUCUAUAAUUGUCCAAAUCUUCAAAAACUGGACUACAAUGGUCUCAGCCACCUCCCUUCUCUCAAGGAAUUGGUUCUGAAAGACUGCCCAAGCCUCCAAUGCUUACCAGAGGAGGGUCUUCCAAAAUCCAUUUCAGAUUUUAAAAUUUCAGGGAAGUGUUCAAAACUCAGACAGCAUUGCCAGCUCCCAAAUGGAGACUGGGGAAAGAUUGCUCACAUUGAAAAUCUCAAUUUUGAGUAG